UUUGGGUUUUUAAUGGACUCUUCAUUUGAAUUUGCAGAAAUGGAGUUGGGUUUAGCGUUUUUUGUUGUUUUGUUGUUUGUAGCGAGAGAACCCACUUGUUUCUUUGGCUAAAUUUUUAUUUUAUUUUUUGUGUGUGUGUUCUUUUAAAGCAAGAUGGGGUUUUUGCUGCUUUGUUCAACGGGGCCACCGAUCAAACGAAGGGCUGGAUUGAGAAUAAAACAGGCGGGUCGAGGAUCAUACCGUGGAAGCUAGAGGAAGGCUAAAUUUGAGUUAUUUUGAGUGUAGUGUGAGUGCUUGGUUUUAGAGUGUAACAGACAUCUGAGGUUUUUCUUUUAGUUGAAUAUAAGUUGAAGAACAAUGGCGAAAUCUGCUUUAAGGAAGUUGUUGAAGAGGUUUUGCACCAAUUCACCUUGGAAAUAUGUUGUGCUUUGGAAGCUUAGGCACCGGAGCCCCUUGGUUUUGACCUGGGAGGAUGGGUAUUGUGUUUAUCCAAUACCAAGAGAAUCCGUGGAAAGUAUCUCAGCUGAUGUUUAUUCUAACAGUGAGAUUAACACAUCACACUUAGAGAUGAGCAUUCCUCAUGGUUGUUUUGGAGGAUACCCAAUCGACCUGUUGGUAGCUCGUAUGUCGCAUCUUCAGUAUGCAUGGGGAGAGGGGUUUGUUGGUAAAGUAGCAUAUACAGGGAAACAUUUCUGGGUUCCCUAUGAUAAUAUUUUCAGUGGCAAAGCCGACUUGAAGUUAGUUCCUGAGUGGCCAGAGGAAUGGUUACUUCAGUUUGCAUCAGGAAUCAAGACAAUUGUUCUGGUACCUGUGCUUCCACAUGGAGUUCUGCAGCUUGGUUCAUUGGAGAUGGUUGCUGAAGAUUUGUAUAUUCCUGCAUACAUCAAAGAUAGAUUUACCUGUAAGAACAUUAACACCCAGUCACCAUCGCCGGUAAGUUUAAGUCCUUUCGAGAAGUUAGAAGUGUCUUCAAGUGAAUCAAUAAGCCCACUGAACUCUGAAGAUUCAAAUGCUGUUAACAGUGUUGAGCCUAAUAAGCUGUUAGCUUUAGAUCAGUUAAGUUUUCCGAAUGAAUUCCUUGUGCCUGGAAUACAUCUCCCUGAGACUCGUAAAAGUGAGUGUGAAAAUAUGAUAAGCAUCCCACCAGUUAGCCUCGAUGAAUUACCAUCACCACUAAGCCAAUCUGUAAGUGUCGACCUGCUUGCAAUUGGGGAGAGUGAAUUGUUUAGUUUGUAUUUCCUUAAGGAGGAAUUGGAAACUUAUCCUGAAUGUAAUGCUUACGGAACAGGAGUGUCUGGAGAAAUCUUAGAUGAAGUUACAAAUCCUUACCCUGUCCAAUAUUUUCUCGAACCACCUUUCGAAGACUAUGAUAUUGAUGGUUUCCUUAAUUUUCCCAAAGACUGUGAAUUGCAAAAAGUACUUGGACAAGGUUUCGAAAGACAGGGCAACAAAUAUUUGCUGGAGUCAUCUUUUCUUAGUGGGGAUGCAUUUAGAGAUGGCUUUGAUGCAAAACGAGGUGAUGCAGGGUAUCUGUUGCAAGCUGUGGUUGAUCAUGUAAAUGAUGUUUCUGUUGAUAUUGCUAAUAGAUCUGCUUGCAUUGUGGCCUCUAGUGGACAACUUCCGUUGUCUCCUCGACCUCAAGGUGUAAAGACUGAUUCAAUUUCAUCGAGCAGGCUUAUGUCUGCAUUUGCUGGUGGGGUGAAAAGUAGUCCUAUCUCUAAAAUUUCAGCUUCUUUCAAAAGUACAGUAAGCGCAGUAAUUGAUUAUGAGAAUCUGGGAAAUGAUGGCUGUUAUAUACAAUCUAGAAAAGGAAAAAAACAGUCCGCUGCCUGCAAGAGAAGGCCUGGUGAUAACCCAAGGCCAAGGCCGAAGAAUAGACAGAUGAUCCAGGAUCGGCUUAAGGAGCUUCGAGAACUUGUUCCAAAUGGUCCUAAGUAUAGCAUUGAUGCUCUCUUGGACCAAACCGUUAAACAUAUGCUGUAUUUGAGGAGUGUGACCAAACAAGCUGAGAAACUGAGGCAAUGGGUGCAUCGUGAGGUAUUUGACCUCAAGAAUACGAGGAGGUCUGAAGCCAAAGAUGGUUACGAAACCGGAACAAGCUGGGCUUUUGAGAUCGGAGAUGAACGGAAAGUAUGCCCCAUUGUUGUUGAAGAUCUUGCAUAUCCAGGUCACUUACUCAUCGAGAUGCUUUGUAAUGAGCAUGGUUUGUUUCUAGAGAUCGCUCAGGUGAUUCGAAGCUUCAACUUAACAAUCUUGAAGGGUGUUAUGGAGAGCUGUUCAAACAAUACAUGGGCUCAUUUCAUUGUUGAGACUUCUAGUGGCUUUCACAGACUCUAUAUUUUCUGGCCUUUGAUGAAGCUUUUACAGCGUCAAAGAAAUCCUAUUUCGAGUAAAGAUUCAAUGAUGAAAAACCAUCAAUAGGAAUACCUGUGUAGGAAUGAUGCGAUCAUAGCUUCGUGCGAGCAGGUCAACAUUCGUGCAUGACAUAUGUCUGGUAGCUCGGUGGAGAACCAACGUAAACAUUGGUGUAGGUUUUCAUGUGGUCAUGGGGUGUAUAUAUGACCGAUGACUAUGAUAAGCCUUUGUUCAGAACUUGAUCUCUAGGAUGUGAAUUAUUGUCCGUCUCCUUUGUUGUUUCUCUAAUCUACUCCGAGUUCUGUAUUUUUGUUGCUAAGACUCAAGUUCGUGCUUUGUUGAAAGAAGAAAUUACAGUUCCUCUCUUAGCUUAGCUUAA